ACUAGUGCUGUUUUAAAUAGAUUUUAAGUAACCUUACGUUCUGUCUCAAAAAAAAAAAUUUUACUAAAAUGACUUCUGGAUAUUUGAGUACAUACCAAAUACCGCUAAUUACAACAACAGACAAGCAGCCUAAGCACGUUUGCGAGCCGGUGUCGGUUAAGAUCACAUCGCACCCGGCAGCAAGAAUGGCCCCAAAUCGUUAUUACACUGCCGCAAAAGUAGUGCAUGGUGAUCAGCCCGUUAUGAUGAAUACUAUGGAGCACCCUUCGGCAAUUGCAUCACAGCAGCGCAAACUGAAGAGAAAAAUGUACGAGUCCGUGGAGGUCGAGGGCAAUAACUUGGUUCUCUUUCAGGGCCGCGACGAGAGCUAUCCGGACGAGCUGAACAAGCUAAUCCAUCCGUUGUCCUGUCAAUUGUGCAAAUCGCAGAUGACCUCGAUGAAGAGCGCCAAGGACCACUACGAGUCCAAGGCUCACGACCGUCACAUCAGCGCCUGGCUGGCCAAGAACUACACCGAAAUGGGCCUGGAGACACCACCCAUUAAACGUCUCGUCAAACAGGGCCCCACCGGGCCGAAUGCAUUCCACUGUAAUCUGUGCGAUCUUCCAUUGACCUCGAUGACCCAUGCUCGCCAGCACUAUGCUGGCCGCAAGCACCAGUUGGUCGUUCAGAAGCGCUCGAAGCCAUCGGGCGCCGGCUACUACAAUUCGGACGGCAACUGGGUGCGCACUGGCACCAAGGCAGAGGUUAUGGUUGAUGACGGUCGCUACGGCAUUGGCGAGAUGUUUUUGAGAGGCGGCGGUGGAGGUGAUAUGCAUGACAUUUCCAGUGAUAUGAUGGACACCGCCGAGGAGCAGCAGCACCACUUCAAUGCUGUCGACGAGAGCCUUACCUGUAAAAUCUGCAACAUCAGCGUCACAUCAGCAUCUCAAAUCCAAAUGCAUCUCGAUGGAGCCAAACACCAGAAGAAACUGCGCGCUCAAAACCUCGAAGGGGAUCCAAAUGCCCAGGAGCUGCUCAAGGAGCAGCAGCAAUCGAUAGCAGCCGCAUGUGCCAUUGAUAUAAAUGGUGAUCUCUCUAUGUAUCGUACCCCUUCCGGCUCGUAUUACUGCAAGCUGUGCAACAAGGCGAUGAAUCAUAUAUCCAUCCUGCAACAGCACUUGCAGGGCAAGAAGCAUCUCAAGACUGUGCGCCAGCAGGCCGAAGAAAUGGUCUCCCCCCAAUAAGCAUUAAGUUCAGAUUAGCUAUAUAGAGGCCUCUAUGGCAGCACAGCUGUGAAUGAGUACAGCUGAACAAUAAGAAGGAUAAGGAGAAAGAGGUGCUGUAGGAGGAUAAUAAAAAUGAAGAACAAGAAGGCGAAGAGGGAGGAGAGCCACACCAAGAACAGCAUCGACACCAACAACAGCACCAUUAUUUAGUUCAAUUGCGAUUUUAUUGAGUUUACAAAAUUUUGUUAAGUGCAUCGGCCAUUGGCGGAUGUCCGUUGAAUGAAUUUUAUUUUGAUAAUUAUAAACCCUGAAGGAGGAGCAGUCGGGAAACAAGAUCAACAACAAUCACCGCUGGGAUUAUCGCCGUCCAUACUUGAAUGGCAUCCACAAUGGGUUAGAAGAAGACAAAACAGUUAUUUUGUUUAUAGUUUCGAUACCUCUGCGAGGGGUGAUUAACAAAUUUUUCAUGAAAUGUCAUAUUGUAAAUGUAUAAAAUAUGUGAA